AUGGAAUUCAAAACAAUGUAUCAUCCUUCUGCUGGUCGUGAACCACUCCUUCAAAUGUUUGAAGAGUUCGGCGUCAAUUCACAUCCUGAGGAAGAGCUCCCUGUAGAUGAAGAGCCCUGGCGUCCUUUCUGUUCCCAUGGCGACUUUGAAUUUGCGGAGAUCACACUCAAUGCCGCACUCAAUAAAUCACAAAUUAAUGCACUCCUUGCGCUCAUUGGUCGCAUAUUGAGAGGAGAGAGCUGGUUUGUAAAACACGACAUCACCACUCACGCACUGCCUCUGUGGGACUGGGCUCUUGAUUUGUUAGCUAAUCCACUGCUUGCUCCACAUUUUCACAACGGCAGGGAGUUUGAACACUUUUACAAUGAGCCUUGGAUGGGUGAUCAAUGGUGGGACACAAGACUGUCGUCCCAUGGUACAGUAAAGGGAUAUCCUGUUGUGGUCCGUUGUGUGAAUUUGCCAGUUGGCAUACAGAAUGGAGAGGCCAUUGGCGGUGGCCGUGUUGUCAGGUGGUUGCCAAUCAUAUAUGCAGACGAAGAAGGCAAGCCAGGCUUCAUAAACCUCAAGCGUGUCAUAUGGCACGAGGCAUUCUUAAAACUGUUGGAACUGGUCGCGCAACACUCAGAGUCUGGUUAUUCACAUACUUGCUAUGACAAGAUCGCACGCUGGUUGUUUCCCAUUAUUCUGAUACUUUCUGCUGAUUAUGAAGAACAAUGUAUGAUGUCUCUCACUCAUGGCCACCAUAGCAAAUGUCCCUGUCCAGUAUGUCUUGUACCACUUGAAGAACUUAGCGAGCUAUCAAGGAUGUUUGCAUUUAGAACAGUGGAAGAAGCAAUAGCCGCACUCAAUGUUUACAAGGUCAGCAAAGCUCGAGGUGAGGAACUACUCAAGGCAUUAGGAUUGCGUGCUGUCACGAAUGUUUUCUGGCUCAUUGCGCACUCUGACCCUCAUCAAGCCAUCAGUUUUGACUGCCUUCAUGCCCUCCAUCUUGGUAUGUGGAGGCACCUACUCGAGGAGUUGAAGAAAAUCCUCAAAGCGCUUGGACGUGAUGAAGAGUCAAAGGUCGAGAAACAGGUUGCUAGUUUCCCUCAAUGGUGCAAUCUUAAUCAUUUCAGCACCAUCAUCCACAUUACCUUCAGUGAUGGUAACAAGAUGCAAGAUCUAUCCAAGCAAGCCUUCUAUUCUGCGGUAAACGUCUUGAACCAGAGGACCAGCCCAGAAGGGUAUAAACUUCUUCACAUUAUUAGUAGCUAUCUGCAAUUGGAUAGCUAUAUUGGUCUCGACGUGCAUACAUCAAGCACACUGGCAGCAAUUGAUGCUGAACUACUCGUUUUUGAUAGCGCACUCAAGGAAUACAUUGAAUGUGCUCUCAAUUCUCCCAUUGUAGGUCUCAAGCUUGACUGGGGUGCAGUAUGCAACUACAGCACCCGUACGAAUGAGAAGCUUCAUGGCCCCCUCAAAGAGGCCUAUGAGCGCCAGUCAAAUAGAAAGGACAUCGCUGACCAGAUACUGCAUGUUGACACGCGCAAAUUCGCAGCCAAAAUGUUGAGAGCGCACGUGGACGUGCUUGACGAGUGGCGCACAUUUGCAGGAGAGGGCAAUGAUGACGAUGAAGACCCGAAUCCUGUUGCUUUCAAGGGGCACAUCAAACUUGGUUCGACGCAACAGCCCGUAGCCAUCCAAGACACCAAGACCCACAGCAGCCAAUUGGAUCGUGCAUUUCAAGGCUUUCAUAAGAAGUUUUCUGAUUUUAUCAACAACUCAUUACCGACGUAUGGAUAUCGACUGGAAAGAUGGGUCACCAUACCGACAAACUUCUUGAUUCGUGAACAUUGCUUUCUCAAAGUUCACUAUGAGUCUACCGUCGACUGGAAGCAAACUACCGACUACCUUCGAUGCACCCCAGGCUUCCAUGGGCAACCGCGCUAUGACUGUGCACUUAUACAACUCGCCCAGGAAGUAUCAGUCUUUGUUCGCCUUGUUUUCAUAUUCAGUUGUCAGCUUCUGGAUGUUGGUUCCUUCGAGUUUGCACUGGUUCAGCCAUUCACUGCUGGCAUUGGUGCUUCUCGCAGGUUGGACCGUGAUCUACGACUUACUCAUGUCAAAGCUGUCCCAAGGGCAAGUUCGAUCUUCAUUCUAGUCUAG